AUACGAUUUAUAUAGUUGAUUGAAAAAAAGUCAUUGUUUUUCUCGUUAUUACCUGCACUGUAGACGUAGUACGGAAAUUCAAAAAUUUGUUAUUCAAAUUUUAGUCAAAGCCAUUCACAAAUCAUACAUAUUGCCUAUUUAGAAUUAAACUAGAUUUGUCAUUUUGCUGUUUGAUACACGUCUUGACGAAGACACGGUCAUAAAAUGUUUUUAAUAUCAAUUGGCAUAAUAACCAUUAUUGUCGUAAUAUUUAUAAUACAAUUUAAAUUUAAAACUAAUAAAUUAUAUGAUAAAAUGUUAUAUGGACAUCACAUUAUGAUAACAGGUGGAUCAAGAGGUAUUGGUAAAUGUGUGGCUAUGGAAGCAGCUAGACUUGGAGCAAAUAUAACUAUUGUUGCUAGAGAUGCCACUAGACUUAAGGCUGCUGCAAAUGACAUCAAAUCUCAGUUUAUAAAAAAAAACCAAAAAUUGCAUUAUAUAUCCAUUGACUUAGGUAGUGAAUAUAAUAGUGUAAAAAAUGCAUUGGACUGUGCUAUUCAAGAAAUAGGACCAUUGUAUAUGCUUGUAAACUGUGCGGGUAUGGCAAUUUGUGGCACAUUAGAAGAAAUGUCCAUUAAUGAUAUCUUGAAGUUAAUAAAUGUGAAUUUGAUAUCUACUAUUCAAGCUACUAAAGCAGUAAUUAGCGAUAUGAAAAAAACUGGCCAUGGUACCAUAGUAAUAACUGCAUCACAAGCAGCUAUGUGUGGAAUUUAUGGACUAGGUGUGUACAGUGCUACUAAGUUUGCCUUAAGAGGGUUUGCUGAAGCUUUAAGCAUGGAAACUAAAGCUUAUGGAAUAAAAAUAACAUUAGCUUUACCAUCAGACACAGAUACGCCAGGUUUUGCAGAGGAAAACAAAAGUAAACCUUUAGAAACAUUAUUGAUUUCGGAAAGUGGACAUUUGUUUACUCCUGAACAAGUGGGCCAUCAAAUUUUCAAAGAUGCUUUGGAAGGAAAUUUUUUCAGUACUAUUGGCUUUGAAGGUCAUUUGCUAACCAUCGGUUGUUCUGGAAUGGCCCCUUGCACUUCAUACUUCGAACUCGUUUGUCAGGUUGUUUUUUCUGGUUUAUUAAGACUGAUAGUAAUUUAUUAUCAAGCUAAAUUCUAUAAAAUAAUUAAAACUUGCAAGUUGGAAAGAGAAGAAAAUUCUAGGAAAAUAAGCUAAGUAUAUAUCAUCACUAAAAGUGAUAUAACUUUCCUAAAAUAAGUGGUAUUUAUAUAUUAUUAAGUAAAAUGUUAUAUUGUAACACUAUGAUAUAUGUAACAUUUACAAAUUUAGAACAAAUAACAACUGGUAUGAAUGGGUUAUAAUUUUACUAAUUAUACACAUUAAUCAUUUAAAACUUAUUAAACGGAUAUUUUAUACUUAUUAUUAUUUACAUAGAUAGUGCUUAGAAGUAAAUAUAUCUUAC